GUCAGUGUGCCGCAUGACCGGCGAAGUGAUUGACAAAGAGCUGGAUGACGUCGCUAGCACUUUUCCGAUGGAGUCGCAAGCAACUGUUGCGGAAGUGGAAGAUAGACUACAAAGCCAAGCCUAUGCCCAAACAGUGACUGCAUUCCUCCACAAACUUAAAGGCGCCAGUGAUAAUGUGGCUGACGUAAUACCUAAGGUUUUCUCAGAUGAGCUCUUGGAAGGUUAUAAUUGGGAUGGCAGGUGGAGCAAGAAAUCCCUAUGCAAGUUGGCACUGGUUUAUACCAUUUUAAGAAGUACAUACAUAUUCAUAAUUGCAACUUAAUGUUUACUUAAAAUGUUUACUAAUAUAUAUUUUUGUUUUAAUUUAGACGUGUUUCAACAACAAGGGUGUAGGAGUUUCGAGCAAAAUAUAAAGCGGUCAAUACUGCUCAGCCAUCACAGG